CAUUCGUAAACACAGAACCGUGUCGGUCGGCGAUCGUCAAAGUCGCGUGCGUGCGUUUUUUAAACAUUAAAUUUGUGUGAUAUUUUGCCGGUCCAGGAAAACUCCCAGGAGCAACUUUUGGCGGAAAUCGAGUCAUUCGCUUGCAUAAGAUCAAGAUGAAUUUUCUACGGCAAACCCUCAACAUUACCAAAUCGUUUGCCAAUGAAGCAUUCUCCUCAUUCCUGCAGCGCGGAACGAUGGCCACACUGAACCAAAUGCACCGCACCGGGCCGCACAUCAAGGAGCGUCCGCCGCGGCAACCGCUGGACGGUAAACCCUUCGCCAAGGGUGUCGUCCUCAAGACACUGAUCAAGAAACCCAAGAAGCCCAAUUCGGCCAACCGGAAGUGCGUUCUGGUACGGCUCAGCACCGGCAAGGAACUGGUGGCGUACGUCCCGGGCAUUGGCCACAACCUGCAAGAGCACAACAUCGUGCUGGUGCGCGUCGGAAGGAUGCAGGAUUUGCCCGGUGUCAAGAUCAAGUGCGUCCGCGGUAAGUACGAUCUGGCGCAUGUGAUUAAGCAGAAGUAGUUCUAAAAGUUAAAUGUGUAACCGGCAAUUGAUCGAAGAAAGAUGUUCAAAUGA